GAUACAGACAGUUACGAGGAGCAAGAAAAGGCAGCACGGGGCACAGUCAGGCUACAGGGACAGGCUUCGCAAUAUUUUUUAUUUAAAGGACAUAUUUUACGAUGGAUUCACAACCUCCUCUAAAACCAUGGGAACGGCGGAUUCCCGGAGCUAUGAGUGCACCUAUAAAUUACAGGUCUACAGACUUUGUAGCAGCCCCAGGCCUCUCAACACCUGCUGGUCCGCCUGUCUUGACCAGGGUGGCUCCUCCAGUGCCUCCUCGCACCGUCCAGCAGUCCUACCGUCCAUCCUACAGCUCUUUCACCUCGUCUUACAGCCCCUACGGGAGCUCCAUCUACGGUGGCUACAGCCCCUAUAGUUAUGGUGGCGGCUAUGGCCUGGGAGGGUACAGCCGCCUCCCUCACACAGAAGAAAUUGCUCCCAGUCGGUUUGUGCAGCAGGCGGAGGAGAGCAGCCGUGGUGCCUUUCAGUCCAUCGAGAGCAUCGUCCAGGCAUUUGCUUCCGUUAGCAUGAUGCUGGACGCCACCUUUUCAGCUGUGUAUAACAGUUUCCGAGCUGUGCUGGAUGUAGCCAACCAUCUAACACGGCUCCGCGCUCACCUCACCAGAGUUUUGUCAGCAUUUGCUCUAGUGCGCACACUACGUUACCUUUACCGACGGUUGCAGCGGCUGCUGGGGAGGGCAUCGGAUGCUGAUGUUGAAGACCUGUGGGCUGACGGUACGAGUGAUGGUCUGGCUACAACUUCAUCCAGAGGGUAUGGAGCAGGAAACGAGGAUCAGAGUGUUAAGUCCUGGCCAAUUUUCCUGUUUUUUGCUGUAGUCCUGGGUGGACCAUAUCUUAUCUGGAAGCUGCUAAGCUCCAGUCCUAACUCUGAAGAAAAUGCAACUAACUGGGCCAGUGGGGAGGAUGACCAUGUUGUGGCCAGAGCCGAGUAUGAUUUUUCUGCUGCUUCUGAGGAGGAGAUUUCUCUGCGGGCUGGAGACAUGCUUAACCUCGCUCCUAAAGAUCAACAGCCCCGGGUGCGCGGCUGGCUGCUGGCCAGCGUGGACGGUCAGACCACAGGACUUGUCCCAGCCAACUAUGUGAAAGUCCUUGGCAAGCGAAGGGGCCGUAAGCACGCAGAGAUGGAGAGGCUCGCUCAGGUCCAGCAAGGGAACACACCGGCCUCUCAAACAGCCACGGCUGCUCAACCACAGUCAACCUCAGCCCCAGGUUAUCCCCCAGAUGUCCCCACAGCCUCCACCUCCACCUCUGCAGAGCAGCUGCUGGAGUCCGUGUACACAAAAACUCCAUCUUCCUUCAGUCUGGGAAGAUCCAGCUCCAGCACAGUGCUAAACAUCCCUGAAAAGACGGAUCUGUGAUGAUUGUGCCUGUAUGCUUAGGGGUUCAUUUACACCAGUGGUUAGCUUGACUCAUAAUCACCAGACAGUUUGUGUUUGGACUGGAAAGCAAAGGGUGUUCUCUGAACCUUCUGUUAGGAUGACAAAUGGUUUUUAACCACAUGUUCACUGCGUGUGUCUGGUAUCUUUAGCUUGCUGUUGUCAGACUAGUAAGAAAGAAAGCAGCUUAGUUUGUUUUCUUAAUGUCAGUCAGUGAGGUCGAGUAUUUACUGACAGAAUAAGAACAACAGUAUUUUGUUGGACAGUGUGAUUGUGUAACCCUGUGUGUGGUUUUUGCCGUCAACUGAAGGCCGCUUCGUCUUCUGUGUUGCUUUCUGUCUGAAGAAAAUAAGAUCAGAUUAAUUCAGAAUUAGAUGAGUUUAACUUUGCACAUUUUCAGUGGUUUAUUAGCCACAUAAGGUAAUUUUGUAAAUAUUUAAUAUAAAUAUUUUGAAAAUAAAUAAUUU